GCGGAAGAAAGAAGUGAGAAGCCAAACUCGGUCUUGUAAGCUCAUGCCAUAGUUUUAAUUUUUCCUCAGUUUCUCUUCGGAGAGUUUCUUUGGGGAAUGCGGAGAAAUGAGAGGACCUUCCCUGACAAAGUCUGAGCUGAGUGGUCGUGCUAAGAGGAGCGCCGGCGGCAGGACUUGCCACCGGAAACACGUCGAGGACGGGUGAUCAACUCGGACUCACAAUCUUCAUAUUCUGUCUCUUUCCUUUUUCUGUCACAACUUUCGUCAAACACAUUCACUGUAAACAAAGCUCUUCUGUGUAUAUACCCAAAAAAAAUCCUUCGUUUUUGUAAUUUUCUGUAGCGAAUCUCAGAAAGAUGCCGGAGAAGGUCAGAGACGGCAACCCGACCUUGCUGGAUGGAAAGUACGAGCUCGGCCGUAUGCUUGGCCACGGCACCUUCGCCAAGGUAUAUCCCGCGCGGAACCUGCGGACAGGGAAGAGUGUGGCGAUGAAGGUGGUUGGCAAGGAGAAGGUGAUUAAGGUCGGAAUGAUGGACCAGAUAAAGCGCGAGAUCUCCGUGAUGAAGAUGGUGAAGCAUCCGAACAUCGUCGAGCUACACGAGGUCAUGGCGAGCAAAUCCAAGAUCUAUUUCGUCAUGGAACUCGUUCGUGGCGGCGAAUUGUUCUCCAAGGUCGCUAAGGGCCGCCUGAGAGAAGACGUGGCCAGAAUUUAUUUUCAACAAUUGAUUUCCGCCAUCGAUUUUUGUCACAGCCGCGGCGUUUACCAUCGCGAUUUGAAGCCGGAGAAUCUGUUAUUGGACGAGGACGGGAACUUGAAGGUCACGGAUUUUGGACUCAGUGCCUUCUCUGAGCACUUGAAGCAAGACGGUUUGCUUCACACGACUUGUGGCACGCCGGCUUAUGUUGCGCCUGAGGUGAUUGGGAAGAAAGGCUAUGACGGCGCCAAAGCGGAUCUGUGGUCUUGCGGGGUAAUUCUAUAUGUUCUCCUCGCCGGAUUCUUGCCAUUCCAAGAAGACAACAUCAUCGCCCUGUAUAGAAAAAUUUACAGGGGAGACUUCAAAUGCCCACCGUGGUUCUCUGGUGAAGCUCGUAGAUUAAUCACAAAGCUUCUCGAUCCAAAUCCUAAUACUCGAAUUACCAUCGCCAAAGUGAUGGAUAGCUCUUGGUUUAAGAAAUCAGUGCCCAAGUCCGUGAUGAGUAAAGCCGAAAUGGAGUUCGAAGCCCUGAAUUUGGAUGGCGACAAAUCAAAACAGCCAGAGACGCUUAACGCCUUUCACAUCAUAUCUCUAUCGCAGGGGUUCGACUUGUCGCCGUUGUUUGAGGAGAAGAAGGAGGAGCUGAGGUUCGCGACUACGAGACCAGCGAGCAGCGUGAUUUCAAGGCUUGAGGAGGUGGCGAAGUCGGUGAAAUUCAACAUCAAGAAGAGCGAGACAAGUGUGAGAUUACAGGGGCAGGAGAGUGGUAGAAAAGGACGAUUAGGAAUUGCGGCGGAAAUAUUCUCCGUGACGCCGUCAUUCCUGGUGGUGGAGGUGAAGAAGGAAAACGGUGACACUCUGGAGUACAAUCAGUUCUGUAAUAGUGAGCUCCGACCGGCGCUCAAGGACAUCGUCUGGACAUCCCCCGCCUAGAACUCGACACUUGCUUGAAUUUCAUAUCCAAAAAAAAACCCAGUAAUUUAUGUGCUCUGAAUCGUAAUUGUUCUUUGUUAUUGUCGUCAAUUUCUUAUUGAAAUUCAGUUGAAAUUGAUCUGAUCUUGUGUGUUUCAAUCAUCAUCGAGUCAGUCAGUCGUGAUUGUUGUUUUUGUUGUAAAUUUGUAAUGUCUUGCUUGUGUUUGUGAAAAUGCUCAAAUGGAUUGGUUUCUUUUAUUUGCGUAA